AUGGAAUAUGUCAAUCUCGGAAAGUCCGGUCUCAAAGUUUCAAAAGUCAUCCUGGGAGCUAUGAGCUACGGGACCUCAGAGUGGCAGCCGUGGGUGUUGAACGAGGAGGAAAGUUUGCCGCUACUUGAGCAUGCUUACAAAUGCGGAAUCAACACCUGGGAUACCGCCGACAUGUACUCCCACGGCCACUCGGAACGCCUCGUCGGCAAAGCGAUCCAGAAAUACUCCAUCCCACGCUCCAAGCUCGUGAUCCUGACAAAAUGCUACUUCGGCAUCGACGAAACCAACCUCAAGCGCGGCAUCUUCCGCGUCUCUUCCAACGACGGCGAGUACGUGAAUCAAGUCGGGCUGAGCCGCAAGCACAUCUUCGAUGCCGUUGAGGCAAGUGUCGCGCGGCUGGGGACUUAUAUCGAUGUGCUGCAGAUCCAUCGAUUGGAUCGGGAUACACCCAAGGAGGAGAUUAUGAAGGCGCUGAAUGAUGUUGUGGAGAAAGGGUGGGUUAGGUAUAUUGGGGCGAGCUCGAUGGCGGCAUGGGAAUUCCAAACCCUGCAAAACAUUGCAGACAAACACGGCUGGCACAAGUUCAUCUCGAUGCAGAACUACUACAAUCUCAUCUACCGCGAGGAAGAGCGGGAAAUGAUCCCCUACUGCAAAGAAACAGGCGUCGGCCUAAUCCCCUGGUCCCCCAUCGCCCGCGGCGCCCUAACCCGCCCCUGGACAGACCGCACAACGCUGCGCUCCACCACCGACCAAGCGCUCGGGGUCCUCGUGCACAACCGCGACGACGAUACCGAUAAAGCAAUUAUCGCGCGGAUCGAGGAGGUGUCCAAGAAGCGCGGGGUCAGUAUGGCGUGCGUUGCUACGGCGUGGUGUGUUUCUAAAGGCGUGUGUCCGAUCAUCGGGAUGAAUAGUAAGGAGAGGAUUGAAGAGGCCGUGGAGAAUGUUCGGUUUGUGUUGAGUGAUGAGGAGGUGAUGUUUUUGGAGGAGGCGUAUAGGCCCAAGGAGGUGGUGGGCUUGAUGGUUGAGGUUAAGCAACCGAAGAGAUAG